UAUCAGUGGAUCCACGCCUAGCAGGUACGGAGGUACGGAGAACUGUAUGGCCACCGGUUUCCCUGGCUCGCGGCUUCUCCCGUCAUGUUGCACAUGUCUCUCUACCUGUUUAGGAUAUCUGAAUCAUUUCUGGGUUCCUUUCAGGUUGUCUUAAUUGUCUCCGGAUCCACCACCUUGUCCCCGAGUCUACGGAGUCGGUUGAGUCUUCUAUAUCGAGUACUCCUGUCCGGAAUCUACCCAUAUAAAAGCACUCAAGAUGCUACUGUCCAUCCCACAUUCUCUGGGUCCAUCUUAUCAAUUGGAUCCAGGAAGUAUACGAGUCAAUCCGGAUGACACCAGGAAUUGAUUAAUGUAACGAUCAGCAGGCCUACAACCUGUCGGGGUCUUAUUUGAAAGACCUCUCGGUCUACAAGAGGGUAUUCCAGUAUCGAUUUGGGGGU